GCCCCGAUAGCCGCGAGUACCUCAAAGACCCAUCCAGCAUCCAUCCUGUUCGAACGGCAGCAAUCCAGCCACGGCUACAUCUUUUAGCGUCUUGCGCAACACUCACCCUCUUUUUGCCAUUGAACCUCGGAUGAGACCGAAAUAGUCUUACCGCAAUUGCUGAAGAGUCCUCUGUUGUGUGAUAUAACUCUAAACGCCACACGCCGAAUUCCCCUUUGAUCCCCCUUUCUUCUACUCUCCUUUGACCGAUUUCCCUCCGGCCCGGCCCCAAGGUCACUUUGUAUACUACCUACACUACCUACACACAUGCCGCUGUUACGAGGCAUUAAGCUGCAGCUCCCGUCCCUCCGCAAGACAACUGUCAGCUCUGUCAGCUCAUCCAUCCCCGUAUCCGUACUGCCUCUGCCUUCCACCGCCUGUACUGGUACUGGCCGCCGCGCACUCAGUUUUCGCGUGCCUUCCGCCCGACCCAGCCCCGUUUCCACACUCACUCGUCGACCCCCGAUACAGGCCCCGUCCCGGGCCAAUCACUCUGCAACCCUGGCGGCACACACCAAGCUAACGUCCGGGUCUCCUACCCCUCCCCCUCCAUCCCUCCUUGCAUCAUCCGCCAACGGCACCCCUCCUCGCCCGUCACAAACUGCUGGUGCCCCCGGUAUUAAAUCCAAAAUUCCCUCCCAACGCACCGCGCAGAUUGCCCGUCACUUCUCUACCAUCUCAAAGGACUCUGACCCAAGUUUCCAUCACCAAUCGCCCGCAAUGGCUUCCCCCUACUCCCUCCGCAAGGUUGGUGCUCCCAACACCCUCGAGCACCGUGUCUACAUCGAGAAGGAUGGCGUCCCCGUCUCCCCCUUCCACGACAUUCCUCUGUACGCCAACCAGGAGCAGACCAUCCUGAACAUGGUUGUUGAGAUCCCCCGCUGGACCAACGCCAAGCUCGAGAUCUCCAAGGAGGAGCUCCUCAACCCCAUCAAGCAGGAUAUCAAGAAGGGCAAGCUUCGCUACGUCCGCAACUGCUUCCCCCACAAGGGCUACCUCUGGAACUACGGUGCCUUCCCCCAGACCUGGGAGGACCCCAACGCCAUCCACCCCGAGACCAAGGCCAAGGGUGACAACGACCCGCUCGAUGUCUGCGAGAUCGGUGAGCUUGUCGGCUACACCGGCCAGGUCAAGCAGGUCAAGGUCCUCGGUGUCAUGGCCCUGCUCGACGAGGAGGAGACCGACUGGAAGGUCAUCGUUAUCGACGUGAACGACCCGCUCGCCCCCAAGCUCAACGACGUCGAGGACGUCGAGCGCCACCUGCCCGGCCUUCUCCGUGCCACCAACGAGUGGUUCCGCAUCUACAAGAUCCCCGACGGAAAGCCCGAGAACCAGUUCGCCUUCACCGGCGAGUGCAAGAACAAGAGCUACGCCAUGGACGUCGUCCGUGAGUGCGCCGAGGCUUGGGAGAGACUCAUCACCGGCAAGACCCAGGCCGGCAGCGUCUCCACCGGCAACACCACCGUCCAGCAGUCCCCCGCUCUCAUCAGCGCCGGCCAGCUCCCCCCUCUGCCCGCUCACGAGGAGCUCCCCGCCGCCAAGAUCGACGCCUCCAUCGACAAGUGGUUCUUCAUCAGCGGUGCCUCCGCAUAAGGGAUCCCUCCCCCCCCCCUUGUGAUUUCUUGAAUUGGUAGUACCGGCGGAUUGCUUUAGCCAGACGAAAGCUCAGACCAUAUUUUUUGCGUCACUUUGUUAGUAGAUGUUGUCGAAAACGGAGUCAGAGCUCGACGGCCUGAAAGGCGUCAACUAGAAUACCAAAAAAGUUAAAGUACCG